AUGGCUGAAGGCUCUGGCCACGUGUGCUGGAGGCCGGUUUCCCUGCUAAGGAAAGGCAUGCAGCCCCGCUCCAGAGCUGAGCCCCUGUUUCUCUCUCGCUGUCAGGUGGUCGCCUCGGCCCUGGGUGACAGGACCCGUGCGCAUCACGCGCUGCGGGGACUGUGGGCUCUGCACCGCACGAUCCACCCUGCUGUUGGGGAGCAGUGGAGGAUCAAGAUCCCCAUCCUGCUCAUGACUAUGGAAGGAACUGCUCAGACCUGCCAGGACAACGUGUGGUGGGAGCACCUGCUGCUGAAGUUCCUGAACAGGACACUGCAGACCAUUGACGACGAUGCCUGGAGCAGAGAGCUGAUCCUGGAGCUGCAGCAGCAGACGGCCAGCUACGCCUGCUCCUCCCCGGAGAAGACUUUCCUAUAUAAGGCACUUGGUACCACUUGGUACCUGGCCUCUUGCCAGGAUCUUGCCUACGUGAAAUCCCAGCUCCAGAAAUUUCUGAAGGACACAGAUUACAUGGACGCUUCGGAGAGAGAGCAAGUCGUGAGCAUCCUGGCUUUCUCAGCCAAGGGCCACCUGGACCUCACCCUGAGCACCCUGGAGGACUUUGGUGCUGCCAUGAGUAAAGUGCAGGUGUCUGGGAUCAUCAGCCUCCUGCAGGACUUUCACCAGGGGAGAAGAGGCAGGACCCACAGGGCCUUGAUCCUGGCCUACAGCCAAAUAGCUGUGCAUGCCCCCCAAACACAGCUGCUCCCCCGCGUGGAGCGUGACAUCACCAGGAGGGUCCUGCAGCACUACGUGAGCAGCUGCCAGGUGCUUGGCAUCACCAUCCUCAAUAAGGACCUGGACUUAAAGCUGACCCUCAUCCGGUCAGUCACUGAGAUCAGCCGUGCCAUCCAGGACGCUGACGGCUCCCAGAGCUUCCAGUUCACGUACAAAGAGGAGCUGCUGGGGUACAUGCUGGACUUCAUAAAAGAGGAACCGAUGGAUUCCCUGGCCUCUCCUGUUCGCCUCACGGCCAUGCUUGCCAUUAAGCACCUGAGCAAGGUGAAACCCUCCCUGUAUCAGGAUGCAAACAGAAGCCUGCUUGAAAACUGCCUCAGGUGCCUGGUACCUCUCCCAGCUGUGCAGCACCUGACACAGGAGGGGGAGACAGCUCAGGACUCGUUGCAAAUACAGUCCUUGCAUGAGUUGUCCAUGCAGGCCUUGGGCGAGCUCAUGAGAGGCCUCCUUGAAGAAGACCCCACUGAGAGCUGGUGCACGGAGAUGUUCCACCUUCUUGAGCCAUGGCUUUCAGCUGACAAGGAGUGGGAGAGGGAGAGGGCCUUGCAGGGCAGCGCCCAGCUGCUUGCCGCCUGCCAAGAGGCCGUCUACUGCAGACUGCAAGAGCCCUUCGGGAAAACCGGGUACCUGCUGGGGCUGCUGGCGCCCUACACCUGCGCCUCUCUGGUCACAUCCCGGCUGUGGGCUGCUGACUGCGUUGCCUGCCUGCUCCCCAAAGAAGAUCAGUCCAUGGGCAUGGAUGCAGCAGAGGAGGAGCUGAAGGGUAUCCGGGAGGAGCUGAAAGCCUCCACCCCCAAGGUUGUGCUUGCAGCAUCCUCCCGCAUGGCCAAGGUCCUUGGAAAAUAUUUUCCAUCAAGCCAGACCCAUGACUUUAUGGAGACCCUGCUGAAUGGCAUGCUGAGAGCCAGCCCCACAUGUGCCACGGCAGGAGGACAUUGGCUCCUCAGCAUCAUCAAGGAGCAUGGAGAGGCCCUGCUGGAGGAGGUGCCGGACAUCCUGGGCACCAUAAUGAUGCACAUGCCCGCUAUGCAGGAAGGGUGCAUGAAGGGUUUCCUGCUGGAAGCUGUGGCCAGUCUAGCAGGCUUCCACGUAGAGGCCGUCACCAGCAGCCUGCUUUGUAGACCUCUGCCCAUGGACAGUGACACCUCUGAAUUGUGGCAGGCGAUGAGUGGAGGCAAUGAUUUCUCCAUCCACGUGCUGCAUUUACUCCUCGCCAAGCUGGACCAUCGGGCUGAGACGGAGAGCAGCUCAGCGGAGGACACCGCAGCAUUUGGGCCACUGGCAGCAACCUGUGCUGCUUUGGAGAUCAUCAGCACCCUGCAGUGUGGCCAAGUGCUGAGGGACAUGCUCCCAGCCAUGCUGCGUGCUCUUGUGGAGCAAACAAGCCACACCGUGGGGCAAAAAAUGCCAGAGCCCGGCGGGAGCCUUUGCAGCAUAACGGAUGGCCAAGUCCACGUAGUGGGCAACCCUUGCAGGCUUUCCAUGGAGGCCCUGGCCUGUGCCAUUUCGAAGGGCAUAGGGGAAAGUGUGGCCGCAUCCCUGUGCAAGGAGGGAACGUGGCCCUUGCUCGAGUGCCCAGAGACACACCACGAGGGGGUGUGCCAGCUGGCCAGGGCUCUGCUGCUGUCGGGCAUGGUAACGCCCAGUUUCAUCAGGGAGGUCCUCAAAUGGGUGCGGGCUGGGUCACCAAAGCUGAGGCUCACAGGGACAGCCUUCCUCAGCCAGCUUACGAGUGACCCGUCCAUCCAGGACGAGGAGCUGCUGAACCCAGCCCUUCUUCUGCUGGCGGAACGAGCCAAGGACGGCAAUUACGCCGUUCGGCGGAUGGCAGCCAGGGCCUUGGGGAACGUGGCACAUGGUGCCCCUGCACAGCUGAAACACCACCGGAGUCUCAUCCUGGACACCCUGGUCCAAGCCUCCUUCAUGCCAUCUGCAGCUGAGGUGAUGACAGAGGGCAUGAUAUCGCUGGCCAAGGUCCUCAGCCAGUUAGGGACCAGUACAGGGCCCAUCAUUUUGGCUGUGGGGACGCACGUCAGAGCCUUUUUCGACCACAAGGAUGAUGCCCUGCACACAGCCUCAUUUGCCCUGUUCGGCACCUUGGCAGGGUGCCUCAGAAAAAGAUGGCACACUUGGUACAAAACCCAGGUGAGGCAGAGCUGGGCAGCGCUGCUGCUGCACCUGCAGGACCCCAACAAGGAGGUGGCCAAGGAAUGCAGAAGAGCUGUGGGCCUCUGCUGCCCUCACCUGGGGCUCAGGAGGGUGCAGGGAGUCCUGGCCUUUUAUGUGCAGGGGUCAGGAGAGGUGCGGAUCAACGCCCUGCUGCGAGACCUUUGCAGGCACUUGGUCAAAGAAAAACUGGCACUCCUGGAGGGUCUGUGCUACAGGACCAGGAGGUACUACACCAGCUCCUGGCCAGAGAUCCGGGCAACAGCAAUAAAUUUUACUGGCAUCAUGCUGGAGUACAGCAGCCCAGGGACUACCAGGUGGCUGAACAUCGCCCACUUGCAGAGCUCUCUGAGGUCUCUGGAGAAAGACUCGUCACCACCAGUCCAAGUCGUGGCCACCCAGGUGCUGGAGGCAAUCUCUAAAAGUCCUUGGGGAAGGGUACAAUCUCCAAAUGAACACCAUGGGCGUACUCUGCCCCGUAUAUUUUCUGUUUUUUGCUUUGGGUGCCUGAGGCCCCGCACAAAUUGAGAGCAAGCUGCUACGCGUGCAUGUAUGUGCACACACACGAUUUCUGUAAAUAAAUUCUGU